AGGGGGGGAUGUGGAAGGCAUUCGGGGAACGAGCACAGAUCCAAUUCCCUAAAUCAAGAGCCCCUCACCAACAUCAAGGAACCUUCCUUGAGGGGAAAACAAAAUACAGUUAUAUGAAUUUAUUACAGUUAUCGUACGUAGGAUAACCCAACUUUGUAGAAAUGGCUGGUUCUAGCAUCCUCACAAAUCACACAUUGGAAUGGGUGCAAGAAAAAGGAUUGUGCUCACAGCCAUCAGUCACUGUGUUAACCAAAUUGGGAUUCCAGAAGCUCACCAACAUUCAGCAGCAGGCAAUUCCCAAGUUACUUGCCAAAAAAAACGCUUUCCUUCAUGCCCGUACAGGGUCUGGAAAAACAUUAGCUUUUCUCAUACCCACCGUGGAAAGAUUAAGAGCUAUGAAAUUUAAAGAGUUACAUGGUGUUGGAGCACUGAUAAUAUCACCUACAAGAGAACUUGCACAACAGAUUUCACUUGUCCUUAAACCUCUUGCAGAUGUGCAUGAAUUUUCAACCUUAACUCUCAUUGGAGGCACAAAACUGACAGCUAUGGCAAUACAAAAUGGUGCUACUUUGGUUGUAGGAACCCCAGGUAUAUUGUUGAAGGCUCUGAGUGGCCAGGACAAUAUGUGUCUUCCAAUUUGUAACCUAAAAAUUCUCAUUCUUGAUGAAGCUGACAGUCUACUGGAUAAUGAAUCAAAUACUCAGUACUUACGCAAGAUUUGUUCUCUUCUUCCACAAGAUGAAGUACAGAAGGUUCUUGUGAGUGCAACUGUAACACCAACGUGUAUGAAACUUGCAAAAGAAGUAUUAAAAACAGACUUUUUCUAUGUAACUGCUGAAAAAAAUGCUUCACCUACAACUGCCCAAGUGAAACAAAGUUAUGUUUUAGUGAAUGCCAGUGAUAGACUUCCAAUGCUUACAACUAUAUUGCAGACAUUAAGAAAGAAGAAAGUUAUUAUUUUCCUCAAUUCAUGUGAUUCUGUCAGAUUUCAUCAUAAAGUUUUGUCCCAUCUUCAGCUGCCUGUUCUCUACUGUGUGGGUAAAGAGAAACAGACUCGUCGCAGUAGCAUGUACAUGAAGUUUUUGGAACUGAAGCAAGGGAUUCUCUUGACAACAGGAAUGGCAGAGAGGGGAUGGGACAUUCCUGGCAUACAUUGGAUAAUUCAAUAUGAUCCUCCACAUAAGCCUGAGAAAUAUAUUCAUCGUAUUGGUCGCACCGGUCGAGGGGAGGGUCGAGUUGGUCGGGCUCUUCUAUUCUUGAGACCUGAAGAGAACAAAUUUAUUGAAGUCUUGAAGAAUAUGGAGGUACAAAUUGAACAGCUGGAGUUCCUUGGAGAUUUGAAGGAAAUUCAAAAGAAGAUUGAUUCCCUUGUUUUGAAUGAUGCAUUAAUCCGGCUGAGAGCGAAGUUAGCAUUCAAGAAGUUUGUAAGAGCAUAUCAGUGCCAUACACUAAGAGAUAUAUUUAGUAUUCAAUCACUGAAUCUUCAUGAAGUGUGCAGGGCAUUUGGCUUUACAAAGCCACCAGUGGAAUUAGGCCAGUUAACUUAAUGGCUCUACCACAUUGUUAGUUUUAUUUAUGU